GGAAGGAGGAGGAAGAGCGGCGGCGGUGGCCUCGGCGGUGUCGCGGACGGCGAGGAGGAGGCGUGGAGGCCGUGAGCAGCACGCCGUCGUCCUGAUCCCGAGGCGUCUGUCCGGCCCGCAGCUGUCCGGCGGAGCGGAUGGGAUGUGUCGUCGGGGCCGCGUCUGAGGGGCCGAGGGGGCUCGGGGCGCUCCCGGGACGGACGCGGGGUCCCCGCGCCGGGGGCCGGGAGCCGGAGCACGAUGUCCACGGAGACCGAGCUGCAGGUGGCCGUGAGGGCCGGCACCAGGAGGGACUCACGCAGGAAAGGGCAGGGCCGCAGCGAGGCCGCUCUGAUCCGGCGCUUCAAGGGGGACGGGGCCCGCUACAAGGCCAAGCUGAUCGGCGUGGACGAGGUGGCCGCCGCCCGGGGAGACAAGCUGUGCCAGGACGCCAUGAUGAAGCUCAAGGGCGUGGUCGCGGGGGCCCGGGCCAAGGGGGAGCACAAACAGAAAAUCUUCCUGACCGUCUCCUUCGGAGGGAUCAAGAUCUUCGACGAGAAGACGGGGGCUCUCCAGCACCACCACGCCGUCCACGAGAUCUCCUACAUCGCCAAGGACACCACGGACCACCGCGCCUUCGGCUACGUCUGCGGGAAGGAAGGGGACCACAAGUUCGUGGCUAUCAAGACGGCCCAGGCGGCGGAGCCCGUGAUCCUGGACUUGCGAGAUCUCUUCCAGCUCAUCUACGAACUGAAGCAGAAGGAGGAAGUGGAGAAGAAGGCUCAGAAGGACAAGCAGUGUGAGCAGGCCGUGUACCAGACCAUCCUGGAAGAGGACAUGGAGGACCCGGUGUACCAGUACAUCGUGUUCGAGGCCGGACAUGAGUCGAUACGAGAGCCCGAGACGGAAGAGAGCAUUUAUCAGGUCCCCACCAGCCAGAAGAAAGAAGGCAUUUAUGACGUGCCAAAAAGCCAGCCUGUAAGUGCCGUGACGCGGCUGGAGCUCUUCGGGGACAUGUCCACCCCGCCGGACAUCACCUCUCCCCCGACUCCCGUGACCCCCGGAGACGCCUUCACCCCCGCUUCCUCCCAGACCCUGCCGGCCCCCGGGGCGGACACUCUGGGCUCCGGCCCCUUCGGCACCUCCGCCCUUCCCUCAGGUUACGUGGCCAUGGGCCCGGUCCUCCCCUCCUUCUGGGGUCAGCAGGCCGCGGUCCCGCCACACGUGGCCCUGGGGACACCGCCGGCCGUCGCUCAGGUCCUGCCCGGGGGUCAGCCCGUGGCCUGGGCUCCGCCUGGGCUCUUCGCCCCCGCCCGGUCCCCGUGGCCGCCCGGGGCCGGCCAGUUCGCGCCCGCCGCCUUCAUGCCCACGCAGACUGUCUCACCUGUGCCAGCCGCCGCGUUCCCGGCGCCCCCGGCCCCCCUGGCUGCCGCCGCCGGGGCCCCCUCGGGGGAGCCCGCCCGGUCCGGACCCCCGUCGGCCGCGGCGGGCCGGGGGCCUCCCCGGGACCUCCUCCAGCUGGCCCCGCCUCCGCCAGUGCCGGCCCGCACCCCGGACCAGUGCGCCCUGGGCGGCGGCCCCUCAGAGGCCUUCUCCGGCUACCCCAGCCCCGGCGGCGGCCCCGCCGCGCUGACCGACCCCGACGACUGCGAUGACCUGGACAUCUCCCAGCUCAACCUGACGCCCGUCACCUCCACCACCCCCUCCACCAACUCCCCCCCCACGCCAGCUCCCAGGCAGAGCUCUCCAUCCAAAUCGUCCGCGUCCCACACCAGCGACGCGGCCGCGGACGACGUGUUCGAGGAGGACUGUGAGAGCCCCGGCCGGAGCGAGGGGCCGGAGGCCGCCGCCGCCGCCCCGCUCUCCGGCCGCGGGGAGCCCCCGGACGAGGAGACCCCGGGACCACCCGGCGGGGCGGAGACCGACGAGCCCCGGCUGGCUAGCUAAGGCAGCUCAGGGCGGGGAACCUGAGUCCCUCGAAGCGCAGAUGACGGGGCUGACGGAGAGGCUUUGGUGCUGGCUGGUCGGUGUGGGGGCCUUCCGGCCUG